GUUCUUCCGGUUCUUUUCGUUAGUGUAUUUGAUAGUUCAAAGUUCGGAUGAAAGGAAAAUUUUAAUAAAACAUUUUUUGAAAAUCAUUCAUUAAGAAACAUCAUAUCUAUCAAUAACUUAACAUGAAAAGAAGAAGAUUAGAUAGCGAGGAUGAUGAGGAUGAGUACAUGUCGUUUGCGGUUCAAGGGGAGAGGGAGCAGCUGGAGCCUUUCGCCGCCACCACGGGCUUUCAUAACGUUAUGCACGAGAUGGGGUUGGAGCUUUCCUCCUCAUCCACCUCAAUAAGAUCCUUAGAAGAAAGCAAUACUAAUGAAAACGAACGGUAUCCCUCACAGCAACCUAAACCCUUAAGGGAAGAUUCGUUUACCAGUACUUCUCCGACUGAAAAAGGCCGCUCGGAGCGUGUACGGUGCUCUCAGGUAGAGGACGACCUUGACAUUCCUUCGGAAUGGAUAGGGCUUCUGUCUGAUACGUUGUUGGCAGUGUACUACGUCCCGCUCACCUACAUCCAGGGCAAUCGACCGAUGGAUGAUAAAUUAUUCGCGCAGUACAUCCCUUUUAACACUUCUCUUGCUGAGGUUCCUCCUACUUCGGUCGUCGGGGGAGCAAACGUGGAGGAGGUUGAUCCGAACCCGACCAGCAUUUCUUUUGCGAACAGUCAUUAUCAAAAUCCAUAUGGUAUUGCACCUGGGUGGCGAUGGGAUGGUGUGAUUCGAGGUCGGAAGAAAACGUAAUAACUCACUGUCAAGGGCUUUCAAAUUAGUCUAGUUUUUUUUCGUAAUAAUGCUUUCUUAUACACAAAAGACAGAAGACAGUGUUAAUAUCCUUUCCUUCGGAUCUUACCAAAUAUUGAUUUUUUUUUGAGGAAUAGUGAUAGGAAGUAUUUACAAAGCACAAAA